GGGAGAAGGAUGACCUCCCCAAGAUGGCGCCCCUAAUUCCUGCGCUGCGACAGUUAAUGUGUCCUCUGAGGGUCUGUGUGGUCCCGCCCCUCACCACCUGGACUCUGAUGUCACCCUUCAGCGGGUGUAGUCUGUCCUCCUCCAGUCUCAUCGUCUGAUAUCCCGCGUCUCCAGCUGAGGUCGGUUACCAUGGAGAUCAGGCAGUUAGAGCCGUUAGAGCUUCACCAUCAGCCCUUCUCUGACCUGGUCCAUCCAGCUGUUUCCUCCAGAUGUUUGCGCUGCAUCGAGCUGUCCGCCGGUUCUCCGGGCUCUGGGCGGAGAACCCGGCGGCUCUCCGGGUCCUCAGAGGUCUGCUUGGCGCGGUGAGCGGCGCAGUGUUGUUUCUGGGAAUUGCUCACAACCUCCCCCUGACCUUUGACCUGAAGCUGGCUGUAGGAUUUAUAUUUACUGGUGUGUGUCUCGUAGGUGGAGCCUUGUCCUCAUCCUUCAGGUGCACCGUGCUUCUCACAUUACCCAGCAUCCUCGGCUCCCGUGGCCGCUCCUACCUGGUGGUACUGAUUGUGAUGGUUCUGUACAGAGGUCCGAUCUCCAACAUCCAGCGAAACGUCGAGGCGGCGGCUCUGACUCUGAGCUGUAAUCUGGACCUGCAGGUUCAUCACAGCAGGAUGCUGUGGAGGCACGCCACCAAGCCAUUUGUUCAGGUCGUGCAGGAGCUGAUGGAUGAUAAAGCAGAGUUUGAGUCCGAGUCUCUGAACAUCAGCAGGAAGUUCCAGAAUAUCCGAGAUGAAGUCCUUCUCCAGUACGGAUACGACCAGUUCCAACCCAAACCCGCCGGUGGAGGAAAUGGAACGCAAGAGCAGUUCACCGCCAAGACUAAGAUGCAGUGUGACAGUGUGGUGAACGGGGGCAUCCAGCGCUGUGCUGAUUGGUUCGCCCGGAAGUGGGAGGAGUGUAUGGAGGCUGUUCCUGUUCCCGUCAUCAACCACAUCCUCUGUGUUUCCAUGAAAUUCGACUUCCUGUGUGACAUCAUGAGAAUAAUGACCCCCUGGUGUCGGGAGCAGAUUCCUGUGGAGGGAAACUUCGGUCAGCUGUUUGAUCAGCUCAACAUCUCAGUGGACCGGCUCUCCAGAGAGUUCAGCACGGAGGUGGUCCUUCUGGAGGAGAACCAGCAGCCGGUGCUGGACGGGGUUCUGUUGGACCAGGCCUUCACUCAGGCAGUCAAACAGUCCUUCCUGAGUCUGACAAGGACCAUGGAACAAGUGAUGAACGUCCUGCAGCUGCUGCUGUCCUUCACCUUCAUCACUGUGUUCAUCCAGGCUUUCCAGUACUUCCGCUACUACAGGAGAAACAUCAGCUUUGACAACGUCUACAUCAGCUCCUACUUCCGAAGGAUCGAUGACCGCAGGAGACAGGCGGGGAAACACUUCCUGCUGCCUCUGAGAAAAUCAGAGACCAGCAAGUUCAUAUUCCCCCUGAGUCCAAGGAUCUACCCUGAGGAGCUGAAACAAGUGAUGGCAGGUGGUCUUCAGGUUUUGACCGUCUCACUGCUGUCCAUCAUCCUGCUGGGCGUCGACUUUGCUCUGGUCCACGUUCUGGACAUCAUCAGCAGACACACGUUUACGCAGUUCAACGUGACGAGUAGUCACCACAUGGACAUCAAAGUGGGUGGAGACACCAUGAUGGCCCGCCUCCUGCGGACCGUGAUCUCUGGGUUCAACAGUUCAUCCGACCUGAACAUCAAUAGCGACAACCAAGCAUGCAUGUCUCCCCCCUCCUCCCUCCCCACUGCAGUAUAUGUGAGCUGUGUGGGUUGUGUCCUGCUGGUGGCGCUGUUCAGCCUCGUUCAAGUCUACACCAACCGGCUCAGACGGGUCAUCGCAGCCUUCUACCACCCUAAGAGGGAGAAGAAGCGCAUCUUGUUUCUCUACAACCUGCAGCUCCACCGACGGCUUUCCUUACCUGACAAGGAGAAGACCAUCGAUAGAGGACAGAGGAACAGGACGGUGUUUGAGCGCCUGACCGCGUGGAGGCGCCGUCUCUUUCUUCACCGCCACCCAGAAGAGUCGGACAUGGAGGAGACUCGUUAUGCCUGCAGUUAGACCGAGGUUCAGACAAACCCAGAGACCCUGUCAGCGUCCGUCCUUCAGUCUAAUAAAGUUCCUUAAGGCAACAGUGAAA